AUGAUCCUUGAUAUUGAGCCGCAAACAGAAGACUCGCUUAAAAUCCCAGAUAUUUCCAUCGUUGAGUCUUCAGCUGAGCUGCUCUAUGGCCUUAUCCACCAGCGCUAUAUCAUCACUCGCCAAGGCAUGCAGCAGAUGGUUGAAAAGUUUGACCAUGGUCAUUUUGGCGUUUGUCCACGCGUCUACUGCAAUUCGCAGUACAUGCUACCAUGCGGGAGCUCGGACCUACCUGGUCUAGACACCGUCAAGCUUUACUGUCCAAACUGUAUGGACACCUACACACCGCCAAGCAGUAGAUAUCAUGGUAUUGAUGGCGCUUUCUUUGGAACCACAUUCCCUCAUCUUUUGCUUCAAUGUUAUCGAGACCUGGCGCCAUCUAUUUUAGCACCGCUGCCCACUUCCAUGGAAGCCACAGGGCAAGAAUCUUCCAUGGAAUUUGCUUCGAAACCCGCGUCAAUUUCGUCUAAGAAGCCCUCUGUACUGUCAGAAGCACGGUUAGGCCGUAAAGAGCCCCAGGCAGACAUUUAUACGCCGCGGAUAUAUGGUUUUCGUGUUAGUGAGUUUGCUCCCAGCGGACCUCGCAUGCAAUGGAUUCGCAUGCGGCCACACACACUGAGCGAGCUCGACUCUUAA